AUGACUUCAUCUAACGAUUCCGUCCAUUCCAAGGACACCAGCUCUAUCGAGGAGGUUGGUGGAAUUCGCACCGCUGGUGACGGUGACGAAUUCGUCAUCAUUGGUAAGCAAAAAUUUUACAAGCAUGAAUUGAUGAAUGCCUUUGGUGGUACGUUGAACCCUGGUUUAGCUCCAUACCCUGCCAACAAGUUUGCCAACCCAGCGCCGUUGGGGCUUAGUGCUUUCUCGUUGACCACUUUUGUGUUGUCCAUGUAUAACGCUCGUGCCAUGGGUAUCUCUGUUCCCAAUGUUGUUGUUGGUUUGGCUGCGUUCUACGGAGGUGCAGUGCAGUUUUUGGCAGGAGUUUGGGAGUUGGCUGUGGGAAACACUUUUGGUGGAACCGCUUUGACGUCUUACGGUGCAUUCUGGUUAUCUUUUGCUGCCAUCAAUGUCGAAAAUUUUGGUAUUGCUGCCGCUUACGGCGACGAUGUUACCCAAUUCCAUAAUGCCGUUGGGUUCUAUCUCAUUGCCUGGGGAAUUUUCACGUUCAUGUUGUGGCUCUGCACCAUCAAAUCUACUUUGGCCUUCACAUCGUUGUUCUUCUUAUUGUUUUUGACGUUUAUCUUAUUGGGUGCUGGUGAUUUAACAGGCAAGCUUGGGGUAACCAGAGCCGGAGGUGUGAUGGGUGUGAUCACUGCGUUUGUAGGUUUCUACAACGCAUUCGCCGGUGUGGCCACCAAACAAAACUCCUACUUUGUCGCCAACCCCAUCCCAUUGGCUCGCAAGUAG